AUGACUAGGUUCAAUUCUGAGCAGAUUUUAUCCAGGAAACAAGGAGAAUUCACUGUGGUCAAGAAGCAAAUAUCGCUGUUCCGUUGGCCACACUAUGGGGCUCCACUGGCUGGGGAGUGACUGUCUGUACAGGUGGUCAACUGCAGCCGUGUGUUCAGCCGCAGGUCUCUGGGGAUGCUGGUGAUAUCCCUGCAGCAGCUACAGACUGCAGGGCAUUUGGUGCUUCAGGAGGCCCUAGUGGAUGAGAAUCUGUGCUUGUCCCCGGCGCAGCUCCUGUGGGAGACGAAGAUGAACCUGGCUGGAUCUUCCUGGUGUUUCAUGGAAGGGCAAUUAUUUCUGCCCAUAGAAGUCUUGGAGCAAAGAGCAUUACAGGCACCUGGGGCAGCCGCUGGCAAGGUCCGUGCCAAGCUGGAGCUCUUCCUGGGGCUGGAGCUGGGCAAGCAAGCCAAGGCCUGCACCUCAGAGCUCCCCCUGGACCUGCUGCCUGAGCCCUUGGCUGGGCUGCCCCUCAGCCUGGACUGGGACCACUUCAGCUACUUCCAGCUCCGGGCUCACUUGUACCAGGCCCGAGGUGUGCUGGCAGCAGAUGACAGUGGACUCUCAGACCCCUUUGCUCGAGUCCUCAUCUCUACCCAGUGCCAGACUGCACGGGUCCUGGAGCAGACGCUGAGCCCUCUGUAGGAUGAACUCGUGGUGUUUGAUCAGUUAAUCGUGGACGGGAAGAGGGAGCACCUGCAGGAGGAGCCCCCACUAGUGAUCGUCAAUGUCUGUGACCACAAUAAGUUUGGCCCCUCUGUGUUCCUGGGCAGGACACUGGCCGCCCCGAGGGUAAAGCUGUUGGAGGACCCUUACCAGCGUCCUGAGUUACAGUUCUUCCCCCUGAGGAAGGGCCCCGGGCAGCCCGGGAGCUCAUCGCCACCUUUUGAACUCGUUUAACUGGACUACAGUAGCCGACUUGAGCCCUCAGUACCUAGUGAUGUGGAGCCCCAGGACCUGACCACCCUGGUUGAGCCCCUCUCCGGACACCUACCCCUGCCACCGUACGUGCGCCCGGUGCUUAGGGAGUUCCAUGUUGAGGUACUGUUCUGGGGUCUGAGGGGCCUUGGCCGUGUGCAUCUGUUUGAGGUGGAGCAGCCCCAGGUUGUGCUGGAGGUGGCCGAUCGGCGAGUGGAGUCCGAGGUCCUGACCAGUUACCGUGAGAACCCCAAUUUCACUGAGCUCGUCAGGCAUCUGACAGUGUCUGCAGAGACACAGGUCCUCUCUCCCUACCCCCAGGACUUGCCAGAGCAGCCUUAUUUGCCGCCCCUCAGCAUCCUGGUGAUUGAGCGCUGGGCCUUUGGCUGCACAGUGCUCGUGGGUUCCCACAUUGUCCCCCAUAUGCUGAGAUUCACACUCCAGGGUCAGGAGGAUCCCCCUGAGGAGGAAGGAGAGGAGGAGACAGGGGACCUGGUGCCCAAGGUACCUCAAGAACAGAGGUCCAGGGAUCCCUUCUUGGCUGAAGUGGGGAUACCCAGGCAGCUCCUAAAGGCUCCUCUGAAGAAGCUCCCUCUGGGAGGCCUCCUGAAUCAAGGCCCAGAGCUGGAGGAGGACAUCCCAGAUCCUGAAGAGCUCGACUGGUGGUCCAAGUACUAUGCAUCUCUACAGGAGCUCCAGGAGCAGACCAACUUUGAUGAGAACGAAAUGGAUGAUGCUGGGGAUUCAGAUGGGGGCAAUCUCCUUUCUGUGGAUGGGGAAGCCCAAGACCAGGGUAAGGCUGAAGAAGGCUCUGUGUCCCAGAAAAAAGCAAUCGCCACUCUGAAGGUAACUGGGUGUUGGAAGAGGGGAUUCUGCUCGGAUUCUGGACAUCAAGCUGUCACCGAGGCCCUCACCUUUCAGACUUACAACAGCUCCCUGGAAGAAGAGUUUAACCACUUUGAAGAUUGGCUGAAUGUGUUUCCCCUGUAUCGAGGGCAAGGGGGUCAGGAUGGAGAUGGAGAAGAAGGGUCUGGAAACCUUGUGGGCAAGUUCAAGGGCUCCUACCUCAUUUACCCUGAAUCAGAGGCAGUGUCCUUCUCUGAUCCCCAGAUCUCCAGGGGGAUCCCACAGAAUCGGCCCAUCAAGCUUCUAGUCAGAGUAUAUGUUGUAAAGAGAGCAGAUGCUGUACUUUCAUCUCGUUUAAAUAUAGGCAUUCUGACUAAGAUGGAUGGCUAUAGUGCCUGGUGUGACGCAUUUCGGCCUUCGCAGAUCCUGGCGGUGCUGUGCCUACCCUGUGGCCUCCCCCCACCUGAAUACCGAGCCGGGGCUGUCAAGGUGGGCAGCAAACUCUUUCUGACACCGCCAGAGACCCUGCCCCCAGGUAGUGGGGACUCCAAGGUGGCAAGUGAGGUCCCCGAGGAGGCUCAGGCAUUUCUGGUGCUGGGGCGCUGGCAGGAGACGCCUGGGCUUGGGAUCCAGCUGGUACCUGAGCAUGAAGAAACACGGCCCCUCUACCAUCGCCACAGCCCAGGGCUGCUGCACCUCUUCCUGUGCCCCCAGGGAUCCUUUCAUGUGUGGAUUGACAUCUUCCCAGAUGUGCCCGCCCCACCUCCAGUUGACAUCAAGCCUCGGCAGCCAAUCAGCUAUGAGCUCAGAGUCAUCAUCUGGAACACAGAGGAUGUAGUUCUGGAUGAUGCAAACCCACUCACUGGAGAGAUGUCGAGUGACAUCUAUGUGAAAAGCCGGGCGAAGGGGCUGGAGCGAGACAAGCAGGAGACAGACGUUCACUUGAACUCUCUGACAGGGGAGGAGAACUUCAACGGGCGCUUCGUGUUCCACUUUGACUACCUGACCGCCGAGCGAGAGGUGAGCGUCCGUUGCCGUUGCCGGCCUGGACCCUUCGCCCUGGAGGAAGCCGAGUUCCGGCAGCCGUCUGUGCUGGUCCUGCAGGUCUGGGACCAUGACUGCAUCUCCGCCAACGAACGACUAGGAUCCCUGGAGCUGCAGCUACCGGACAUGGGGCGAGGGGCCUGGGGCCCCGAGCUGUGCUCCGUGUGGCUGGUCCGGGAUGGGGCCAGGCCAAGGUGUCAUCUGUCUCGCUGCUGCUGCUUGCGGGACUGGUGGUCUGCAGUGAAGCUGCGGGCGCCGGAGGCUCAGGCUGGCAAGAAGAAGAGGAAGAAGAGGAGGAAGGGCCGCCAGAAGACUUAAGAGUUCGCGGACUCAGGAGGCAACGUCUACAUCCUCACGGGGAAGGUGGAGGCAGAGUUUGAGCUGCUGACUGUGGAGGAGGCUUUUCCAGUGGGAAAGAGGCGCAAGGAGCCGGAACCCUCGGAGAAGCCCAGCCACCCCAAAACCUCCUCCAACUGGUUUGUGAACCCGCUGAAGACCUCCGUCUUCUUCGUCUGGCGCCGGUGCUGGCGCAUCCUGCUGCUGCUGGCGGCGCUGAUCACUGUCUUCCUCCUGCUCGUCUUCUACACCAGGCCUGGCCUCAUCAGCCAGGCCACCGUCCGCCCCCUCCACCACCCCUGACCUUGGACACUCAUCCCGUCACGCCAGCUCUUCAACUCCUGCCCCUGGUGUCCUUCCCACCAAUGGGAACCCUCCUGGCGUUCCCUGCUUUCUCUGUGUAAACCUUACGGGGUAUCCACCCUGUCCCCUGAACACAUG